ACGCGUGAGCGUACAGGAGAUAAAAGCCGGCCUCCUCCCUUACUAUUCCUGAUAGAGUACAUUCGCUUACCGGAUACUUGUCUUAUCGAUGUCUCGUCCCGAACCCUCUACCACUCAGCAAAGUGAACACGAGACCUUAAUUCUUUUGUCAUCUUACCCAGAUUCUCAGAGGAAAGACUCUCCUGGCAGGCCGCUCCCCUCGCGCCCCCCCCCUCUCCCCUUUGGCGCGCCGCCAGCAGUCGGCGCCGCCUGCGUGGUCUUCAAGACCACCGCCUCCUACUGCGGCUCCGCCCUGCUCCUCGCGCUCGGCCUGCUCGGCCUGUGCGCCCCGCUGGCCUGCGAGCUGCAGCAGCGCUGGGACGCUCGCGAGGCGCGCUUGGCCCGUGACGCCGGCGAGGCCGGCGCCGCCCGCCCGCGGGGCGCGGCGCCCACGCUGCUCGGCGCGCGCGCGGGCCCGGCCUGGCGGGGCGAGGCCCCGGGCGCGCCCGGGCCUGGCAAGGCGCAGGCCGGUGCGCAGCCUGGGGUGGCGGUUUGAGCCCAGCGGGUUAUGGGCGCGCAGCUGCGGGGCCAGCGCUGGCUUCGGCGCGAGCGGGCGCAGUCCGCGUGCGCUCUGGCGCGAAGCUGGGGCGCCCCGUCGGCCAGGUGUGGAGGCUGGUCCGCGGCCGGUGGUGGUAGCUCUGAGCGCGGAGAGGCUGCGAUGGCGAGGCGCGCCGUAGAUGCCCGUGUGCAGAGGGCAGUUGCGCCUGCAUGAUGCGCCAGAGCUCAGGUUUUUUGUUGAGCAGGGUUGUACUGAGCGGGCGGAGCAGGCGGUGGCGAGCGCUGUUACAAGCACAACGCUGGCAGCGCCUUCUCUCUCUCUCUCUCAGCGGCCUCCUUCGGCCCUGCUCUCCCUGGGACGGUCGUAGUCAUAGACGUGGCGGAGCGGCCUACCUCUGGCUUGAUAGUUUGGCUCGGCUCCGCCAAAGCGCUGGAGGUGGCACUAGACGGGGUUCGCUCGCCGUAAGACGCAAAAGGCCGAGGCGCCCCAACAAUUGCCCCCUGGCACUGCUUGGCAUUCCUCCCAGGUCCCGCCUCAGUGAAGGAUUUCGCAGCCCUUGUUUGUCGCGUUCGGUUUCGGC